GCCACGCCCCCUAACGAGGCAGCCAAUCAGGACGUGGGGUUCUGAUUUCUCCAUUGUGAAGCUCCAUCGUUUGUCGGUUUGGGUCCUGGGAUUCUGGUUAGCACAAAGGGAAGCCUAGUGGGUCUGGCGCUCCGUUUUCAAGGCACUUGGAGUCCGACUUUGUCUUAGGGGAAAGCCCAUGGCCCCGAAAACUCCUCCUGCCGCCCAGCCAGCUCCUGACGCGCCAGCUGCCUCAGGCACGCCAGCUGCUCCAGGCGACCCCGCUGCCCCUGGUGCCCCCGCUGCCGCAGGUGCUCCAGCUGCUCCAGGUGUUCCAGCUGCCCCAGGUGAUCCAGCUGCCGCGGGUGCUCCAGCUGCCCCGGGUGCUCCAGCUGACCCGGGUGCUCCAGGUGCCCCAGCUGAGGCGCCCCAAGAGCCACAAGAGCCCACACAGACACCAGAGGAACUAGCAUUUUAUGCCCCAAACCACAUAUGUUUGACCAUCUUCGCUAUAUUUUUAUUCCCUCCGCUUGGACUUGCAGCUCUGUACUUCUCUCACCAGACUAACAAGGCCAACCAGAACAGCGAAUGGGAAGAAGCUUACACCAACUCAGGCCGAACUGGUUGGCUGGGUGCAUUCGCAGUAAUGAUCGGCUUAGGCCUCAUUUAUGGCUUGACCCUGUAUUAUUGAAGGCCAGGCAUAGUAACCCAGGGGUCCGCUCCCCAACCAAGCCACCCACCAAAACACUAACCAGCCAAGUCAGCCACCAAGCAAGAAACUCAACCACUGAGACAUCAUCUAGCCAAGAAACCCUCCAACCAAGGAACUCAACAUUCAAGAAACCCACCAGCCCGGGAACACCCAGACCACCUGCCUGUACUGCUUCUACUCACUGGGCUCCAGAGCUGUCUUCAUCCACCCCAGAGGGUCCAUACUAAAUGCCCUAGAUCCCUUUAGCUCCUUGACACUGGGCUGUUCUUCCAGAGAAUCUUGAAACCAAAAAAAACUGGAAUGGAAUGUUCUGAUUUCGUGUGUGUGUGUGUGUGUGUGUGUGUGUGUGUGUGUGUGUGUGUGUACAUGCCCAUGAUUGUUUUCUGGGUCAGUGGUCAGUAUUGUGUUUCCCUCCAGCUGUUUCCUAGUCUAUGAAAAUCAGGUUGUCGUAAUGGGGAAGCCCACAGACAUAGAAUUCAGGCAGCUGUGGGUUAAAAACUUACCACUGAAACUGAAAAACUGUAUAGCCCUGAACAGAUACUUUUAUUGAGCAUAGUUCCUUUGCCUGUAAAGCAGGCCUAAUUGCCAGUGAUAUUAUGGGGAUGAUAUUUAGAAAUCUGAAUUCAGUUGUAUUCUCUAGGCAUCUUCUUAUUUCAGCUGGAAUUGGAGAUGUCUAGUGUCUCAGGGCAGCAAAAAGAAAACAGAAACCUCUUCCAGCUUCUGAUAUCCAAAUGCCAAGCUCUUAGGGGAAGAAUGGAAAGCCCUCAAGAAAUGC